AUGGCACCCAGGAAUCCCAGCUCUUCAGACAGGAUCGACGAUUCCUUGUCCGACCACCAGCUCCGCCAGCGUCGACAAAACCGAAGGCUUGACAUUUAUCCAAGCUCUUUACCGCAUGAGGCUUACUUGCGGAACCGCGAGCUAGACGAUUCUGAAUCACUCAUCGUACAUUUUGAUGAGAAUGAUCUAGCCGGGAUCGACAGACCACCCGAUCACGAACGGGAAGGCCCGCUCCUAGUGAGAACCCCCACCAGUUCGAGCACAGAUCCGUCCGCACCGUCGCAAACGGACUCGUCGAACAUGUCUGCAGUGCUGUCUGCUUCCGAUCAAGAUACCGCUCCGACUACAGACAUUUGGGGGUCGGCUUCAGCUAUUUCAGAGCCGGCUUCAGACGCUGAAGUCCUUUCAAUCUGCCCAUUUUGGUUCCUGGGCUGCUUGCGGUGCCAAUUUGACAACCUCUUGCAGUGCUUCUUGCAUUCACUAGUGCACUUCCGCGAGCCAGGGACAUUAAAUCCCAGUCCGGACACCAGACACGUCUAUAUGGAAAACAUCGAGUGUAAUCCACACACCAUGCACCUCGUCCAACCCCCCAACCGAGUAUCCUGCCCUUUUCGAGACUGCAACUGGACAGAAAGCAGGAUUUAUGGCGAUGAGUCGAACAACCUCUCGGUCGAAGACGACUGGGCUCAUUGGCGAGCCAGAUUGGAGCACAUCGAAGCUCACUUGAGGAAUGGGAACAACCUGCAGCUGAAUGGCAAACCCGAGUAUGAUCUCGCUCACUUCCUCCACAACAACAACUUGAUCACUCGCGUCAAGUUCCGCGACUUAUACGAGGACUGGAACAUGACUCGAUCCCCCUCGAUGCAGUCUAAUGUUCGAGUCCACGGUGGUGAGGCGGAAAAGAGACUCCGCCGCAGAGGGAGGGAAACCGUGCCGCAAUAA